UACCCGGGCGGCGUUCAUCUCGGCGAGUGGUUCAGGGGGCGGGAGGUGUGAGUGACCGGCCGGGUGGCAACAGAAGGGUAUUGGGUGAAGAGGUGGUGACUUGGCUGUCUGUGGAGAAGUGUAUAUGACUGAGGAGAUGGACAGUGUGGUGAGAUUAGGCGUGACAUUUUACAUGAGGUGGUGGCCGGCGUGUUUUCAGUCUAACUGACUCAAAGUGACCAGGUGUUGUGAAUGUGUGAUGUACAGGGCUCGCACCUUGCUCGACCGUUCUCUGGAAGCGGAACGGCACUGGUCGUCUGCUGCUUUCCUUGAUCUCGACUAGCGGCCAGCUGAAGUCUGAUGCGUCUCACGUCGUACAUCGCUGUUUGACGAGACAACUGGCUCCUUGGCUGUAAACCGAUCCGUGAAGACUUUCGCGGUGAUCCUGAGCUACGGACAGCUGGAAACCCGACUAGUCACCUGAAAUGGCAUCAACAUGCCGGGGGCUCCUCUCACUGCUGGUUAUUGCCCCUCUAAUUAGUUGUGCGCACACGCAAGUCGGCAUAGCCACUCCUGAUUUGGGCAAUGUGACCAAGACCAUUUACCGGUUGCUUACUGGCUACGAUAUUCGCCUGCGACCGAACUUUGGAGGACAGCCUCUCUACGUGGGGAUGGAGCUGAACAUUGCCAGCUUCGACUCCAUAUCGGAAGUCAACAUGGAUUACACCAUCACCAUGUACCUGAACCAGUACUGGAAGGACGAGCGGCUCUCGUUCAGCAGCACGGACGACAUGCUGACGCUCUCCGGCGACUUCGCCGAGAAAAUCUGGGUGCCAGACACGUACUUCGUCAAUGAUAAAAACAGCUACCUGCACGAUGUGACGGAAAAAAACAAGAUGGUGCGUCUCCAUGGCGACGGAAGCAUCACGUACGGCAUGCGCUUCACGACGACGCUGGCCUGUAUGAUGGACCUGCACAACUACCCGCUGGACAAACAAAACUGCACCGUCGAGAUCGAGAGCUACGGCUACACGGUGAAGGACGUCGUUAUGUACUGGAAGGAGACGCCCGUGGUCGGUGUGGAGGAGGCUAAACUACCCCAGUUCACCGUGCUCGGUUACGCCACUACCGACCGCACCGAGCGGCUGGCCACCGGCGUCUACCAACGACUGUCGCUCUCCUUCAGCCUGCAGAGAAACAUCGGCUACUUCAUCUUCCAGACCUACCUGCCGUCCAUCCUGAUCGUGAUGCUCUCCUGGGUGUCGUUCUGGAUCAACCACGAGGCGACCAGCGCUCGCGUGGCGCUCGGCAUCACCACGGUGCUGACAAUGACCACCAUCAGCACGGGCGUGCGCUCCUCGCUGCCGCGCAUCUCCUACGUCAAGGCCAUCGACAUCUACCUGGUCAUGUGCUUCGUGUUCGUGUUCGCCGCCCUGCUCGAGUAUGCCGCCGUCAACUACACCUACUGGGGCGCCCGGGCCAAGAAGAAAAACUCACAAAAACCGCGAGAUGUCAGCGGUGGAGCGGAGGCCAACAGCAGAGUGUCGAACUGCGCUGGCGAUGGUGACGGCCGAGACAUCGAAUGCGUCUCUGGGGGGACACCGAGCCAGGCCGAUGGUGGUGGUAUCGACCUGAGCACAGUGCGACCUUUAGGUCCUCUGAGGCGCAGGGCCGGCACGGCGGUCGCGGAGGGCCGAACGCCGGCCGGGACGGGGACGGGAGCGGCGCGGGGUCGCCGAAGGGUACUCAGUUCACUCCGUCGUGGCGCAUCAGCCCUGAGUCGCUCGCUGCCCAGGGUGCACGAUGUCAACAGCAUUGACAAGUAUUCGAGGCUGGUGUUUCCCGUUUCCUUUGUGCUGUUUAAUGCCACGUACUGGGGAUUCUAUAUACUUUAAUUGUAAGGAGUGUGCGCUGGUCUGAAAACUUGAGAAACGUUUACUUGGGUUAUUUGAAGUGGAGGGGACAUUUUCAUUGCGUUACAUCUAGGCUCGCUAACCCUCACUAAAGGUUCCCUGGUUAUCCAAACGGCUUGCCGUUACACCAAUGUUCGCAAUUUAUCCCCAAGCCAACGGUGUUAUCAAGCGAAAUGUGUCUCGUUAUACAGAUAAUUGUAUGUUAAACGUUGUAAUCGAUCAUCCCUCUAAUAACGUGAAUAUAAAAUUUUGCCGCCACGACCCAA